AUGAAUAUUUUUCUUUUGUGUUAAAGUGGUAAGCGAUUUAUUUAAAUAGAUUUAUAUAGGUUCAUCAUGACGGUAAAAUGGGAUUCUAGUUUGGUAUUUAGUUUCCUAUGAUAUCUUCAACUAGUUUGAUGCCUGGAAAAAUGUCUCUGAGAUUCUUACCGCAUCUGGCUUGUAUUAUUUUUAUUUUGGAAAUUCAGUUUAGAAAUUCUGAAUGUAACGAUCCGUGCCCCCAUAAUGAAGGAAUAGACGAAGAUAUAGCUGAAGCAAUUCUAAGUGACUGGCCAGCAAAUGUGGAUUUGACUAGCGUAAAAAGGUCACACAAGUGUUAUGUGACCUGCAUUUUGCAAUAUUACAAUAUUGUGAGCACCUCUGGUGAGAUAUUUCUGGACAAGUACUACGAUACUGGGGUCAUUGAUGAGUUUGCGGUGGCACCCAAAAUCAAUCGAUGCCGAUAUGAGUUUAGAAUGGAAACAGAUUAUUGUAGCCGAAUUUUUGCUAUAUUCAAUUGCUUAAGGCAAGAAAUAUUAGCGAACUAAUAAAUAUCCAAUGUAAACCGUUA